CAUGGUUGAUAAUCAUGAUGCAACAUGCGAAUACGAAUAUCAAUCACUGUUCAUUGUUGUUGGUAGAAUCAUAUUCCAAAAGAAUCGACCAUCAUGAAACGAUUAUUGGAUUCGUUAUGCGAUUUGAAUCUGUUAUUGAAUAAAAAAUUUCAAGUACCAACUUUUCAUGUACAUUCAUCGAAUAUAUCGGUGAUAAAAACACCAACAGAUUUCUAUGAAACUUUAAAGAGCCUAUCGGAUCAAUCCACGAAACGAAUUUGCAUAUCAUCAUUAUAUAUUGGAACAGAUCAUUUGGAACAAGAUCUAAUCCAAAGUUUUUCUCAGGCUAAAUCAAAAUCACCUGAGUUAAAUUUAAACAUUUUACUUGAUUAUAAUCGUGCUACACGUGAAACACCGAAACCGGAUCAACCCGGUUCAUCAAAAUCGAUUCUAUUACCAUUGAUAAACAAGGGAGCAAAUGUAAAUUUCUACCUCACACACGUAAAUAGUCGGCAUCAAAGAUUUUGGCAACGUCCAAAAUGGAAUGAAUUAAUUUCUUUGCAUCAUAUGAAGCUAUACAUUUUUGAUGAUAAUAUUGUCAUAAGCGGUGCAAAUUUAAGUGACCUGUAUUUUACUAAUCGUCAAGAUCGAUAUAUAUUGAUUCGUGAUACACCGGCACUUUGUGAUUAUUUUGAUCAAUUAAUUCAAACGAUUGGAAAAUUUUCACUCGAACUUAAAUCGAAUGGUGAUUUUCGAUUACAUGAUGAUUGGAAAUAUGACCCAAGAAGAUUUCUUCAUCGAUAUCUAUUCAAAAUGGAAGCUCAUAAAGCUAUAAGGAAAUUGAAUGAAAAUUUUCGAGAUAAAACAAAUUCCGAUGAUCAAACUGAUGUCGAUACAAUUGUUUUUCCAUUAUUACAAAUGAAAACUUUGAACAUUCGGGAUGAAGAAAAAUUCACCACAAGUUUAAUUGAUAACCAAUGGCCUGAUUCAACCCGAUUCAACAUAGCUACCGGAUAUUUUAAUCUAGUACGAAAAUAUCAAGAAAAAUUGACCGAAAAUCCACAACUACCACCAACAACAAUUCUCGUGGCUUCGGAAGAAGCUAAUGGAUUCUAUCAGGGAAAAGGUCUUUUACGUUAUGUGCCUUCUGUUUAUACAUAUUAUCUACGAAAUUUUCUCCGACGAAUCUCUACAAUGUCCAAUCCAAAUCAGAUUUCAAUACGUUAUUAUAAUCGAUCAAAAUGGUCAUUCCAUGGUAAAGGAAUAUGGCUACAAACACCCGAAUAUUAUUUAACAAUGGUUGGUUCCACUAAUUUUGGUUAUCGUUCCGUAUAUCGUGAUAAUGAAGCUCAAUUAGUUAUUGUCACACGAAACGAUCAACUGAGGAAAGAUUUUCAAUCCGAAUUUGUCAAUCUAGUCCAACAUAGCCAUACGAUUCGAAAUUGGCAAACAGAUCUACCACGAAUACCGUUUCUAAUACCAUUCAUUGCAAGCAUUUGUCGGACUUUAUUCUGAAACGGACUUGUUCGCAAGUAGAGUACAGUCUGUCUGUAUAGCUUUUUAUAAAUUGAAUAAUUGUAUUAAAUUGAAUUCAAUUAAAAAAAUCUGAAUGAAUCAAUGAAAUAUCCAUUAUAAAUAUGAAAUGUCCAUUUUGGGCAUGUCAACAUCAUCUAU